AUGGCGGGUAACGGCGGCGAGGGGCGCUGCCGCCAGGACGCGCCUGUGGGGCGACUGGAGCUGAUUCUCGGACCGAUGUUUGCCGGCAAGACGUCAGCGCUCAUUCAGCGCGUCUCGCGAUUGCGGUCUGUUGGACGCCGCUGUCUCGUUGUCACACACCGCAGCGACACACGCUACCGCAACGCGGCGAAAGCGAGGCUGCCGGACGGCACGGAGGGCUCUCCGUCCGCUGCCUGCGAGCUGACGACGCAUUCGCAACACACACGUUACGCGGCAGACGUUGCCGUGUCCGCACUGUGGGAGCUGCAGCGCGUGGCAGCGUCGGUGAAGGCGGGGGGUAAUUGCCGCCGCGUCGGCGGUGCUCCUGACGGCGGCAGCACGACCUCUGAAGCGAGGAGCCGGGAGGACGCUGCUGCUGGCGGUGAUGCUGGUGCGUUGGACUGGCGCGAGUACGACGUGAUUGCAGUUGACGAGGGGCAGUUCUUUCCGGACCUGUACGACUUCUGCACGGCGGCUGUGGCGCAGGGGAAGUGGGUUUUUGUGGCCUCGCUCGACGGCGACUGUCGCCAGCAGCUCUUUGGUGAGGCGUAUCGCCUGCUACCGCAAUGUGAGGCGGUGGAGAAGCUCGCCGCGAUAUGCGCGAGGUGCCGCACCCGAGACGCGUUUUUCACGCGGCGCCGCGUGGAGGCGGAGGAGGUCGUGAUGGUCGGCGGCGCAGACCUCUACGAGCCGACGUGUCGGCGUUGUCUGGCGGAGGACCCCGCGGCGGCCAGAGGGGCGGCAAAGCCGGAGGGCCAGUGA